AACGCUUAUCACAUGAUUUAAAUGACAUGUUAGUAGUUCCGCUGUGACCGGAAGUGUUCCUCUCCGUGUUAGCCUCCUCGCUGCUAGCUGUUAAUGUGAUAGUGAUGGGGGGUCCGGAGCUCCUGCUGGACUCCAGUAUUCGGAUGUGGGUGGUGCUGCCCAUCGUCUUCAUCACCUUCUUCGUUGGGAUCAUCCGUCACUACGUCACUCAGCUGCUGCACAGCGACAAGAAGAUUGAGCUGGAGCAGGUGUCUGACAGUCAGGUGCUCCUGCGCAGCCGCAUCCUCAGAGAGAAUGGAAAGUACAUCCCCCGACAGUCGUUCGCGAUGAGGAAACAUUACUUCAACGACGCAGAAACCGGCUUCUUCAAGAAAGUGAAGAGGAAAGUCGUCCCCAAGAACCCCAUGACAGACAGCAGCAUGCUAACAGACAUGAUGAAGGGGAACCUGACCAACGUGCUGCCGAUGAUUGUGAUUGGUGGAUGGAUUAACUGGGCGUUCUCUGGAUUCGUCAUCACUAAGGUGCCGUUUCCUCUGACGCUGAGAUUCAAGCCGAUGUUACAGAGAGGCAUCGACCUGCUGUCACUGGAUGCAUCCUGGGUGAGCUCGGCAUCCUGGUACUUCCUCAACGUGUUUGGACUGAGAAGCAUGUACAGUCUGAUCCUGGGUCAGGACAACGCUGCCGACCAAUCACGGAUCAUGCAGGACCAGAUGACGGGCGCUGCCAUGGCGAUGCCCCCUGACCCCAACAAGGCUUUUAAGAGCGAGUGGGAGGCUCUGGAGAUCGUAGAACAUAAGUGGGCUCUGGAGAACGUGGAGGAGGAUCUGAUGUCCAGAGACCUGAACUUUGGAACCUUCUUCAGCCAAGAUAUCAAGUCCACCAUGUUCUAGACCGGCGAGGACCUGCUGGCUCCAGAACCAGAACCUGUUCUGGAGGUUUGAGAACACGGAUCCACGUGUGAGGAACGUCUGUGUUUGCUGCCUCUGAUCUUUUAUUCACUGUCUGCCUUUUUUCAGCCUCCAGAUUAAAACUAACAGAUUUUGGCAGAACGUUGUGCCUUCAGGAACCUUCCACAGUGGAACCAAAAGGUUCUAGUCUGGUUGAGUGUUGCUGCUUUCAGCUCUGUGGUUCUGCAGGCUUCACAUCAUCACAUUUACUUUAAGAAUCAACAUGGAAACAAAUCAUCUGUAGUUUUUACUGGAAAUGAUUGAGUGUCUCCUGCUGAGACUGAACCAUGAACACAGCCGAUGAUUUAUUAUAUUCACUAAAGCUCAACUCAAAGUCCAUUUAGUAGCUUUUUCUGGAGCUUUCAAUCAUAACUUGGUUGUCUUCAGAUGUUUCAGUGGCCAUGACUGAAGAGUGGAAAUGUGAAAGUGCUUGUUUGUAUGUAUGAAUGUUUAUAUAUGUAUUUAUAUGUAUAUAUAUGUACGUACUAUAUAAACUAAUAAAUGGACCUUGACUGAAUAAACGUUGAAGCUCA